AUCUCACCUCUAAUAACAUUAUUUUCUCCUUCUCUUCCUUUCUCUCUUUUUCUUCCUUUUUUUCUCUUUCAAUCAUCUUUUUCAUUCCUACUCUUUCUUUCUUUGUUUGAUUAUACUUCUCUAGCUUCACUUAAUUACUUCAUUUCACACCUCACAAGGCAUCCAAGCCAAAGACUUGUAGCUUAGUUCCUUACCUUCUUUUUCUCAUAAGCAAAUCAGUUGAAAUAUUCAGACACACAUAAACAGACACAAAUAUAGAAAGAUAAUAGAUGGUUUCACACGGUGGGAGGGGGGGAAUAAGCAACAACAGCGGAGAGGGAGGAGGACUACAUAUGGUGUUGAAGAAAGGGCCGUGGACAGCAGCUGAGGAUGCUGUGUUGUUGGAGUAUGUGAAGAGGCAUGGAGAAGGGAACUGGAAUGCUGUGCAGAAGAAUACCUCCUUGCAGAGGUGUGGGAAGAGUUGUCGUCUUCGAUGGGCUAACCAUUUAAGGCCUUUUCUCAAGAAAGGUCCCUUUACUCCUGAGGAAGAAAAGACCAUCAUUGAUCUUCAUGCCAAGAUUGGCAACAAAUGGGCUCGCAUGGCCACUCAGCUGCCUGGGAGAACAGACAACGAGAUCAAAAACUACUGGAACACAAGGCUUAAGAGACGUCAGAGAGCUGGUUUACCGGUUUACCCUGUGGAGUUACUCCAACAAUACAACCACCGCCACCACCUUAAGACGCUUCAAAACAUUCCACUUUCUCCAUCAUGCUCUUUCGCUUCUAUCAUAUCUGCAGCAGCUGCUGCUUCCUCAUCCACCUCUCAUCAAAAUCAGUACUGCUGCCAAAACCAAAGCUCUGUCAAUUUUAUGAAAAAUUGCACUCCACUUGAUCUUCUUGAUUACACUCCAUACCGUGAUAACAUGAAUCCUAGCAACUCCUUUUCAUUACCUCGACAAGUUAUCAACAAUGGUAUGACCAGUGGUAAUGGUUUUUCAUACCAGAAUGGGCAGCUCUUUCAUCAGGCCCUUUCGGGGAAAUCUCUAUCCUUUGAUAAUCUUGGCCUUAAUUCCGGUCCUGAUCCAGUAUCUUCCAGUGCUACUAAUAUUGAUCCUGUAGGAUUAUUUGGUAUGGGCACAGGUAAUAACGAGCUCUCUUCAAUCCAAAAUACAGUCCAAACUUCUAAUAAUUCAGUGUACACUGGAAGUGAUGAUGUGAUGGGAGUAGCCUCAAGUGAGGGCGACGAAGAAUAUGAUAAGGUUGCAAGAGGCAACAGUGGCUUGCUAGGAGAUCUACUUGAAGAGUCUCAAACUAUCAAGCGUCACAAAGAUAAUUCAGAGAAGAACAUUAAGGCCGCAGAUGAUCAAGUAUCAGCAGAUACUUUUUUCAAGGAUGUCAAUACGAAUGGCCUCAGCAACAGUACUGGAUCAGCUUUUAUUUCUGGAAUGAACGAUAAAAAGGAUGAGGCAAUAGAGGAGAUGAACAUCAUGGACGAGGAUCUCUUGCGUUUACUGGACUGCCCUUCUCCGGUGUGUAUUCCAGAUUGGUACGACGUUGGUAGCAGUAAUAACAGCAACUACUCGAGUAGAGAACCAUCAAACGUUACAAUUGCUCAUGUACCCAACAUUAAACCAGAUGACGAUGAUGAUUGGGAUGAGGAUAUUUGCUGCUGGACCAACAUGCCUCGUGUUCUUUCUUAGCUCGAAUUAUUGUCAAAUCGAUUGUGCUUUACUAUAGAUGUUGUGCAAUACUUUAUUUUGUGCCGGUGUUUGUAACAGUACUGUAUUAGUUGCUUUCGUAGCCUGUUGUAUCAGCCAGUUCUUAGCAUUAUUAAUUUGAAUUGCAGUUGGUUUGUAUAAA